AUGCACGCCCCUCUCGGAGUACCACAUCGCCAGGUUGCCUGCGCAGAGCUCAUCGAGGCAAUUGAGGAGUGUCAUGCGCGCGGGAUGAUUCCCAAGUUCUUGGGCGCGUGUAAUUCCCACAAGCUCGCGCUGAACAUGUGUUUGCGGCAGGAGCGCAUCGACCGCACGGCACGCAACCGCGAGGCGAGCAAGGUCCGUACCCGGAAAAAGGAGGAGGCGUGGGCACGGCUGGACGCCGAGCGCGCAGAGGCGCAAAAGGCGUAG